AUGCCUGGUACUAACAGGGGGUUCCGCACGGUGAUACAGAGUGCUGCAGUGAUAGAACCAGAAAGGAACGCGGGGGUAGAAAAGUUCAUAUGGGAACGCCUCCAGCUGAUCCUAACCGAAAAGAGGGGCUUCACAUUUAAGCAUGGUGAGCCGGUCAAGCUCUGGUUCCCCAAGCAAUAUGACACAAAUACUUGUGGAUUCAGGGUGUACGAGAUCAUGAGAAUCAUGGUGAUGCGGAUCAGUCAGUCCGUCGCAGAGGAGGGUCUUGUGGAUGGCUACGACCCAAGAUACAUAUGGCAGGACUUUAGUGGUGACUUCCAGCCAGACAAGGUACGCGCGGAGAUGAUUGGGAUACUGGCAAACGUAGCGAUGCGAUACACGCACUGGUCGACAAGGAUAUGUAUCGUCCCCGUGAGCUACGUCAAAGACCGCUCCAUAGGCGCCCUGCCAGACACUUGGAUUCCGACCGAUCAGUGUGGCGCCAGGCUGAGCGACCUACCAAACCGCAACCCCAUGCAGUACAGCGAGAAUAUCAUGGUCGACAGGCUGAUGCGCCUGAAUGUCGCCCCGACGCCCGAUCUGAUGCAGACGACCCCCGACUUUUGGAUGCUCGACGACAACACCAAUCGGGGUCUACUAACAGACCCCAGAGACUGGGGUGUGCUGCCGCGGCGGCUCAGCCAGCCCCCCUCGUCACCAGAAUCACCACCGCCGCGGCGGGGCAUGCCGACAUCGCCACCAACUCCUCCGUCAAAGGAACCCGGCCCACCUGUGACACCGGCACCGCCUGUAGCAGACGCAGGACCCAAAUCUGCUCUGCCGCCCGCGCUGGCACCCGGUCUGCCAACUGCACUAGUACCUGGAUCGAGAAAAGGGGUUUCUGUGCCAACUGGGCCCAGGCUCAUGAGGACGCCGUCAAGGCAGCCGCGUGGGCCACCAGUCGUCAAAACACCCCAAGGCCCAAGGGAAGCUUCACCAGAUAACGAUACUCCCAUGUCGGGCACCUGA